UUGAAAGCCAAUAUGUUGAGAAUAAAAGCAAGAAAUGUCGCUUCGCUUAGGAAAUACUGUUGCAAUCCACCAAAAUUUAAAGUGGCAAUCGUGGGAUCGUCCGGAGGCAUCGGCCAACCCCUCUCCCUCCUUCUCAAGCUCAACACAAUGAUAAAGCAGUUAAAUUUGUAUGACAUGGUGCUGGCUAAGGGAGUGUCAUACGAACUCGAUCACAUCGAAACCGACGUCGUCGUCAAGGGAUUCGAAGGCGAAUGCGAACUUUUGGACGCCCUAAAAGGCAUGGACGUCGUCAUGAUUCCGGCCGGGUUACCAAGAAAACCGGGAAUGAGCAGGGAGGAUCUGUUCGGCGCGAACGCAGGCAUCGCCAAAGCGAUUGCCGAGGCCAUCUCAGAGGCUUGUCCUAAAGCCUUGGUCGGCGUCAUCACUAACCCCGUCAAUUCCAUUGUUCCCGUAAUGUCGGAGGUGAUGAAGAAGAAGUGCAAGUACGAUCCGAGACGCAUUUUCGGCGUGACAACUCUAGACGUGGUCCGUGCCAACACCAUGGUGGCGAAGUUGAAGGGAAUGAAUCCACGUGAUCUUGCGGUGCCGGUGGUCGGAGGACAUUCGGGCAUUACGAUUAUACCUCUCCUCUCUCAGGUCAAAGUUCCUUGCCCGUUUACUUGCGAUGAAAUCAAAAAACUCACCAGCGACAUUCAGAAUGCGGGCACGGAGGUGGUGGUGGCGAAAGGAGGUAAGGGUUCGGCCACCUUGUCCAUGGCUUAUUCGGCAGCCAGAUUCGCAAACGCCCUCAUAAGGGCUCUUAGUGGAGACACGGAAAUGAUGGAAUAUACAUACGUCGCUUCGACUAUUUCACCAGCACCGUAUUUUGCCACGCGCGUCCUCCUUGGCAAAAAUGGGGUGGAGCAGGUUUGCCCGUUAGGAGAAUUGAGUGCAUAUGAGAAAGCAUCACUUGAAAUUGCUAUUCCAGAACUAAAGAAUAAUAUUCAAGAAGGAAUUGAUUAUGUUGAGAAAUCUCAAGAUUAAAUGUGAAAUGUUUUUGUGGGAAUAACAAUAUAAUUUAAUUUGAAUAAAUGUAUUAUUUUGUAUUUAUAUUAAUAAAUUACAAUUGAUUCGUCA